AUGAAUCAAGCUGAUAGUAUAGCUGAUACGUUUAUAACUAGACCAACUACCGCCCUUCAAAAAGUCAUUGAUAAGUUUUCAACUUUGGGUGCAAGAAGUCAAUCAUCAAAAUCAGAAAAAUCAAGUACUAUAAGUAGUAAAGAUGUCUAUGAAGAUAAAUCGAAUUAUGGUUCUAUACUGGCAUCCAAAUUACAAGCUAAGUUUGGGAAAGUGUUAAAAAUUGAACAAAAGUUAAGAAAUAUUGAAAGAGAUUUAAUUGUUGAUUUAUUAAGUUGGGCUAAAGAUCUUCCAAGUGAUUCAUGUGAAUCAAUGAUUAAAAAUUUUGCAACUUUAUCAUCCAUUAAAUCAUCAGCUACUGUUUUAACCAUGGAUAAUUUGGAUAAAAUUAAAUCAAGUUUAGCCAGUGUCGAACAAAGAGAAAGGAAAAGAAGAGAUGCUAUUGAUAAUAAUGUUAAAUUAUUAAAAGAAUUAAAAGAUUAUGAAGCAAGAUUUGGUUCUGGUUCAAAUAGAUCACAAAUGAUAAGAGAGAAAAUUGAAUCAAAUUCAAUUAAUUUAGAAACAGCUGAAAUGCAAUUUGUUAGAUCAAUAUCAACUGAAUUAAAAGAAUCUUUAUUAGAUUAUGUUAUAAGUUUACAAGUUCUUGCUAAAAAAGUUGAUGAUUCAUGUAUUGAAUAUUCUAUGAGUAUAAUAAAUACUGAUAUGGAACAUGAUUCAGGUCCAAAUUCAAAAAGAUUACAUAUUAAAUUAAAAGAAUUAGGAAUUCAUACUUCAUCAAUUCCAAAACAAGUUUCUGAAGGUAAUAGAAUUUAUGUGUUAAAGAAUUCAAGUUUUAAAAGUCCUAUAAAGGAAUCACCACAACCUAUUGAUGAUUUAGGUUAUGCCUUAUGUGCUGAAUGUCAUAAAAUGAAAAAUUAUGAAAGAUCAAGUAAUCAUCCAAGUGCAAAUACUCAGAAUUCAAAUCUGCCUUUAGAUUCUACAACAUCUGAACAACCAAGUCAUAAAAUUAAUGUUAAUGGAAUCAAUAAUCCUUCAAGAAUUUCAACUGAUGAUGGUAUUAAACCUCAUUUUCAAUUCAGAGAUAAUACUUAUGUUGGUUCUGAUAAUUGGAAUUAA